UAUAAAAUAUCCGCAAAAAAAGAUGACCGCCGAAGAAGUAACUAAACCAAUACGAAGCAAAUUUCAACGGCACACAAAUGCUCUUAUCUGGAAAUCGUAUUUACAGCGGCAGCGUAGAUGGGUUCUUCUUUGUGUGGAAACUCUCUUGGCUGUUGUUUUAUAUCUAUCUGCUAUUUUAAUAGCGAAGCCGGUGUUUCUUACUCCUUUGCAAGCUAUCCCACAGCCGCCUCUUACUGCGGCUGAUAUCUUGGCUUCCUUGAACAAGAAAAAUAUCCUGGGUUACGCUCCUAAUGUUCCCCCUUUUAAUGAUAUCAUGAACACCGUUGGGGACAGUUUGGGAACUGAAAUUAUCAGAGCGCCUAAAGAGGAUGACCUUAAUAAUAUCCUGUACAAUAGAUCUAGAGGGGUCCCCUUAAAUAACCCAGUUAUUUGGAUUCUUUGGAAGAAAACGGAGAACAACAUGUGGAAAUUCAGCAUCCGCAGUACGGAGCGGGCUCAGUACGUGACAGGGAAGAAAAUAUCAUCUAAUCCACAUUUGCGAAGUGGGAUACUCGCUGUGCAGUUGGCAAUCAGUCAGGCCAUAUUGCAGUAUGCUAGUGGAACAACGCCUGCAUACCAGCUAAGCCUGGCAUCAAUGCCUGUGUCACCAUUGAUGGAACAUGAACGAGUGCGUAAGCACAUAUCAUCAAUCUUGUUAUGUUUCACGCUAGCACUGUUACCGCCGGUGUUAGAGACUCAGUCACUGGUUAUACAUGAAACGAGUCAUAAAUUUAAACGAGCCCUGCGUAUUCGCGGUGUGGAUUACUCUUCCAUGUAUAUUGGCUGGUUAACUUACUUCUAUCUCACGGCCCUACCCAUCUGCCUGCUCGCAAGCAUCACGCUCAUCCUUAUCUUCCGUUGGGUCCAUCUUCUGUUUACCUUUAUACUUGUACUCGCAUAUGUCUCCGUGAUGAUUAUGCUAGCUUUGAUAAUGGCCAUGUUUCAUACUCAAACAAAAGUUGCCGCAACAUGGACGACAUUAUUCACUCUACUGCAGACGUUUCUUGCGGAGUUGAUCGUACACCACGGCGUUGACCUUAAACAUGAGAUCCUGACCUUUUUCCUACAUCUUAUCAUACCCCCUUUGGGAUUAAUGCACGGAUUCAAUGAAUUCGCUUUAUUGCAAACUGGACAUGAAGGGCGCUGGGAGGGCAAUUCGCUAGUAUACACAAUUUUGUUUUGGUUUAUUAUGAUAGCAUUGUAUUUCGGUAUUUUAAUGAUGUUGCAAAGAACUCUCAAAGCAGGGGCCAUUGGAGGACAGGUUUCAUGGAAAUCUAUCAUUUUUAAAUCUGUCGAGGAUGUUUCUAAAUUGCAUCAAAUUAAAAAUCCUACGGGACGAGAGCACGAAAAAUUACAAGAAGUCAAUGAGUUGGCCGCUAAAGCCAUAAGUAUUCGCAAUAUGUCAAAGAGUAUUAUGGGAAAUUCUAUGCUGAGUAACAUAACAUUAGAUAUAUAUCGAGGUGAAUUCACCAUUCUUUAUUCUGAAUUCAUUCAAAGUAAAAUGAUACAGACCCUUGAAGACCUGUUAAUGGGGCUUACUCAUCCUGACGAGGGCUCUAUAAACAUAUUAGGUGAAGAACUAACUCAUGGGAAAACGUUUGUUAGUGUGCCUCAUAUGCUGGGUUACUGCCACCGCAAGGGUUGUCUGGUAGACGAUCUCACUGUACAAGAACAUUUCACGCUUUAUUGUUCCAUUUGUCUUUGGAACGAGUCUACGGAUUACGUGUCCGAGUACGAGCAUCUGAGGUCGAUACGUUUGUUGGUAGAGUGUGAACUGAAGACAGUGUGCCAUGAAUACGUCCGCAACCUGGGCGUUUUUUACCAAGCUCAGCUUUGUUGGGCCAUCGCUAUGCUCUUAGAGCCGAGGAUCAUCAUCAUACCAUCAUUCGGUUAUGAAUCUGCAUUUAAUUCAGUAAUGAGGGACAAAAUCAUGCAAUACAAGAAAUAUAUAACAGUCAUCAAAUUAUGUUUUACGAGUAUAUUACUCGAAUAUGCCGACAGAGUAUUUAUCUUCGACAACAAGUUGCUAGUGUUUGGUGGAUCACCCGCUUAUAUGUUUUUUAAAUAUGGUCGAGAGUACAGAGUUCGACUAACCCUCAAAAGUGGGAGCUUUUCAAGCGAUGAAGACGUUAACGAGCUUCUCAAAAGGACCACAGAGGCUGGAGCGACAAUAAGAGCUCACUUAGGCACUUUGCUCAUACUCCGUUUGCCCGCUAUUCCCACGGCUACCGUCGCGGCUCUGGUCAAAGACCUUAGCGAAAACUCAGAUAAAUAUGAAAUAGUGUCUAUGAAUAUAAGUAUACCAGAUUCGGAGGAAGUUUGUAAUCGAGCUAUUUUUGAAUCGAGGGCUAACAUACAUGGCAGCGAAGAACAUCACCAAAGAAUUAAAAUCGCGUUAAACCAUCUCGCUGAAGCGGCACCCAUAAAGAGGCAGAAAAGUUACGUAGGAAACUUAACUCAUUUGAAAUACACUUGGGCCAAAUUUGUGGCUUACUAUCGACACUAUCGUCUAUACUUUUUUGUAACUAUUUUGUUGGCAAUUACUAGCGGGAUUUUCAUUGGCCUUUCACUUGCAACUGUUCUGGGAGAAAUAGAGAGAGAUCGGGCAACGAAGGCUAUCUUGCAUGGAGAGGUAUUAACGGUGGAAGCGCUGGAACAGAAGACAAAUUUGAUUCUACGUGCAGAUAGCUCAAGUGAAUCGAAAUCGGUAGUAAAUGCUUACGUCUUUUCUGAAACUAUGGCAACGGAAAAACAAAUAGAGAAUAUGUUUUAUACCGCUCUUUCUGCACCCGAGAGCAUUACGGAGUACUUGGUAACGCGAGCCAUUGAUUCCCCUCAACAAUAUGUAUUUUUAUACGCUUACGGCUUGGAUGUCGCUGAAGUGAAUGGAUCUCUCAGAGUGCGGGUUCUGUACAGUCCUCUGCACACUGACCACAGCGCCGCCCCUCGUGCUCUCGCCAGAGCUUUCAUGGCACUUCUUAGACACUAUACCUCGGCUUUGGACGCCACCAUAGAAGUUACCGACGACCCGCUAGCACUAGAUCUGACGACUUAUAUGAAACAGGUUGCGGUUCCUCCAAUUUUAAUACAGUUUCUACUUAUUCUAACCAUAACCCACAUUACUCUGAUACCAUCCAAAGAACAUGGAUUCAUUAGGCAUAUGCAGAGUCAUGCGAAGGAUUUCUCACCCGCUCGGUAUUGGUUGACGUUGUUUAUAUGCGACUUAGUUCUUUGCUUGUUCUUGGUGAUUUUAAUGACGGUUGCAAUGAUUGUUGUCAUGGUAUUCGUGGCGCCCAUGACGUUCCGAUACAGGGAUUUAGCGGUCGUGCCUACAAUGCUGAUAAUUUAUUGUGUAGGCUGUAUACCGCAAGCAUAUUUGUUCAGCCUCGGACCUAACGCAGCUCUUAACGCUAUGACUUUCGUAAUGAUAAACCUUCUUUUCAGUGAGACGACAGUUUUUGCAAAACUACUGUAUGGGAACGCUCUUAAUUACGCUUUGAAUUUUAUAUCAGUUUCACCACAAUUCAACAUUGCUAUCGCAUUCGUGAAAAUUGAGAAAGUAUUUCUCUAUAACAGCGAGUGUAUAGUGUUUAAACGUAAAAAUCUUUGUUCCUCUAAGACAUUGCAUAAAUGCUGCCAGAAAUGUGGAAUCUUGCAGAAAUGUUUUUCCAAAAGGUCUUAUUUGUCCCAAAGAAACGGGGUCGUAAUGGAAGCUUUUGCUAUGCUAUCUAUAGCAUUUUUUUUAAUGAUUUUAUUAUUGCUUUGGGAGUAUAAGUACAUUCAAAGGAUUUUUAGAUUCAUUUUAUAUAAGUGGAUAUAUCCGAAUAAAGAGCCGCGGGAAACUGAAACAAUGGGAGUGCGGCAGGAGAGGAAUAAUGUAGUUAAUAUGAAAAAGCAAUUGAAAAAGAAAAUUCCCAAAAAUAAGAAACAAGUUGAAACAUAUUUACUUGCACAUAAUAUAUCCCAACGACACUACGAGAAAUCUAUAAUCCGAAAUGUGUAUCUCAGUUUGAGCAAAGGUGAGGUGUUGGCUAUUUCGGGUGUCUUGGAACAUGGAAGACUGCGGCUGUGUGAAAUAUUGGCUGGGUUCCAAUUACCGACAGACGGACAGUUAUGGUGCUUAUCAAAAUGGACUCUUCUUCGAAAUCCUCAUUUAUUCAGUCAGCAGACGUCAUUGAGCUGCGAACAUAAUCCUCUUCCGGGCUGGAUGAGUGUGAGGAACGGUCUCGAGAUGCUCGCCGUACUGCGCGGCGUCCCACGAAGCCAGGCUUUGGAUCUGGUCAUGGAUUACGUCAACGCUAUGGAACUUUACCACCAAGCCGACAGACAAAUUUGCUAUUUAAAAGCUAAAGACGUGGCGCGUUUGCACUUCGCGGCGGCCGUAAUCGGUGCCCCUGAAGUUGUGAUACUGGAGGAGAGUACAGAGUACCAAAAGUACUCCGUAAGACGAGCGAUGUACCAUAUAUUAAAUAACCUGCGACAACGGGGGCAUUCUAUUAUCAUAUCCUCGAGCAGUGUGGAGACUCUUUUACCCGUGUCAAAUCGUUUGGCAAUUUUAGUGAAUGGUCGAAUCUAUGAUAUAGAUCAGUUGGACAAACUCGUGGAACGACAUAGCGAGAAGGGUUAUACUGUCGUGGUGCAACUGAAGUACAAAACCAAUGUUACGAAAAUAUUCGUUAGAUAUUUUACAAAGUUUAUCAUCAAUGACUCUUCGGAGGAACUAGUCAACUUCCAACUACUAGAUGAAGAUCUAACUUACGCGUCAGUAUUUGAAAAGAUGGAAAUUCUCCAAGAGGAAAACGAUGCAGUGAAUUCUUACAUAGUUUCUGCUACACCAAUAGAUUACAUCUAUAACUCUAUAAUAAGUCAAGAAGGCGGUCACAUUGCUGAAGAUCAAGAAUCCCGUCUCAGCAAAUACCUUUUCCGUCACAGGAAGCAGAUAACUCCACCUAAAACUGUUUUAAACAAAUUGAUACCUUUCGAAACCCGAUUUCAUCUAACCAAGCUUAAGGAGUUGCCUUGGUCUGUAAUAUUUGACAAAUAG